CAGAUUGUGAAGGAGUCUCAGCAGCAGCACGGUUUACGACAUGGAGACUACCAGAGGUACAGGGGUUAUUGCUCCCGUAGGCUAAGGCGGCUCCGAAAAACUCUCAACUUCAAGAUGGGAAACAGGCACAAGUUCACUGGAAAGAAAGUGACUGAAGAGAUUCUCUCAGACAACAGGUAUUUGCUGUUGAUUCUGAUGGAUGCAGAGAGAGCCUGGAGUUAUGCUAUGCAGCUGAAACAGGAAGCAAACACAGAGCCUCGCAAACGCUUUCACUUGCUGUCUCGCCUGCGUAAAGCUGUGAAACAUGCUGAGGAGCUGGAGCGACUGUGUGAGAGUAACCGAGUGGAUGCCAAAACAAAGCUGGAAGCUCAGGCAUACAUGGCUUACCUCACAGGGAUGCUUCGUUUUGAACACCAGGAGUGGAAGGCAGCAAUGGAGGCUUUCAACAAAUGCAAGACCAUAUAUGAAAAACUGGCCAAUGCUUUCACAGAAGAACAAGCUGUGCUGUAUAACCAGCGUGUGGAAGAGAUCUCACCCAACAUUCGCUACUGUGCCUAUAAUAUUGGUGACCAGUCUGCUAUGAAUGAGCUGAUGCAGAUGAGACUGAGGUCUGGUGGCACUGAAGGUCUUCUCGCAGAAAAACUGGAGGCGCUGAUUACCCAAACUCGAGCAAAGCAGGCAGCCACGAUGAGUGAGGUGGAGUGGAGAGGAAGAACUGUUCCUGUGAAGAUAGACAAAGUGAGGAUCUUCUUGUUGGGGCUGGCCGACAACGAAGCAGCGAUUGUUCAGGCAGAAAAUGAGGAGACAAAGGAACGUUUGUUUGAAUCUUUGCUCAGUGAGUGUAGAGAUGCCAUUCAGGCUGUUCGGGAAGAUCUGAAACCAGACCAGAAGCAGCGGGAACACUCUUUGGAAAAUGAUUCUGGGAAGGUGUCCAACAUCCAGUACUUACACAGUUAUUUAACUUACAUCAAGCUGUCAACAGCCAUCAAGCGCAAUGAGAGCAUGGCAAAGUCUCUGCAGAAGGCACUGCUGCAGCAGCAACGGUCAGAAGAGGAUGGCAAGCGGACACCACGGCCUCAAGACCUGAUCCGUCUUUACGAUAUCAUUUUGCAGAACCUUGUGGAACUGACACAGCUUCCUGGCCUGGAAGAGGACAAGAACUUCCAAAAAGAGAUUGGAUUGAAGACGCUUGUGUACAAAGCAUACAGGUGUUUCUUCAUUGCACAGUCCUAUGUCCUGGUAAAGAAAUGGAGUGAAGCACUUGUUUUGUAUGAAAGAGUGCUGAAAUAUGCUCGCGAAGUUCAGUCAGGAGCUGGAGGUUAUACAAACAGCUUGAAGGAGCUGCCUGAUGUUCAGGAUCUGAUCACUCAAGUCAAUGCAGAGAAAUACUCCUUACAAGCAGCAGCGAUAUUGGAUGCGAAUGAUACUCAUGAGACUGAGUCUCCAUCUCAGGUCAAGGAUGGCAAGCCACUCUCGGAACGGUUUGAGACUUUUUGUCUGGAUCCUUCUCUUGUCAGCAAGCAAGUCAGCCUUGUGCACUUCCCUCCGGGCUUCCAGCCCAUUCCAUGCAAACCCUUGUUCUUUGACCUGGCCCUUAAUCAUGUUGCUUUCCCACCUCUGGAGGACAAGGUGGAGCAGAAGGCCAAGAGUGGCCUCACAGGAUAUAUAAAGGGCAUCUUUGGAUUCAAAAGUUAACCAGGACCCCCUGAGGAACACAGGUUUUAUUCUGUAUUGAAGGAGGAACUCCAAGAGGUUCUAGGACACAAAUAUCUGCACCUGAAAGCAACAGAGGGAGGUUUCACCAUCUUCCCUUGUGUCCUGUGUAUGUGUCUGUGCACUUACAUUCUCUCCCUCUGUAUUAAACGAUCUGUUCAGAAACGUAUGUACACACUAUAAAUAGCUGAAAAUAAUCUGAAGCACAGAGAAUUUCCAUUCUGCUUGGAGAAGUUGGAGCUUGCUUUUUGACCAGUGGCCUGUUCAGUGCCGGUACACAUUUACUUGCCAUGGACCUGGGCAUAGGUAUAACUUGAUUCCUCCCUCUGCCCCCUUAUUUGACACUAUAAUUUGGUAUUUUGGUCUAGAAAUCUGGGUGUGAUGGGGAAACAGAGGCAAAAGUAGAUGCAGAACUAAACCAGCAAGGUGAGGCUGCCUACACGAAAGCUAUGAAACAGCAGCCAAGGGGCCUAACUUCUCCUUCCCUUUUGACU